AUGGGUCAGACCUUAUCUGAACCUGUGGUCGAGAAGACUUCCUCCGAGGGUCAAGAUGAAUGUUGUUUGUAUGGUUUGUCGGCCAUGCAGGGCUGGCGAAUCAGCAUGGAGGACGCCCAUGCUGCAAUCCUAGACCUCCAAGCCAAAUCCACAGGAGGUUCCGAAAAGCCUACAGAUCCCGAUAAACGCCUCGCCUUUUUUGGUGUAUAUGACGGUCAUGGUGGAGAUAAAGUAGCGUUAUUCGCGGGAGAAAACGUGCAUAAGAUCGUCGCAAAGCAAGAGGCCUUUGCGAAGGGCGAUAUCGAGCAGGCCUUGAAGGAUGGCUUCCUGGCUACCGAUCGGGCUAUUUUGGAAGACCCGAAAUAUGAGGAGGAAGUCUCCGGUUGCACAGCUGCCGUCAGUGUUAUUUCAAAGAACAAGAUCUGGGUCGCAAACGCGGGCGAUUCACGCUCGGUAUUGGGUGUAAAGGGCCGCGCAAAGCCUCUCUCUUUCGACCACAAGCCACAGAAUGAAGGCGAGAAAGCUCGUAUCAGUGCCGCCGGUGGCUUCGUCGACUUUGGUCGAGUCAAUGGUAAUCUGGCCCUAUCCCGGGCCAUUGGUGAUUUCGAGUUCAAGAAGAGCCCCGAGCUCUCACCUGAGCAGCAGAUUGUCACAGCCUAUCCCGAUGUGACAGUUCACGAAGUGACUGAUGAUGAUGAAUUCCUCGUUAUCGCCUGUGAUGGUAUUUGGGACUGUCAGUCCUCCCAAUCCGUGGUCGAGUUCGUUCGGAGAGGCAUCGCUGCAAAACAGGAACUUUACCGUAUCUGUGAGAAUAUGAUGGACAACUGCCUUGCUUCUAACAGUGAGACCGGAGGUGUUGGAUGUGACAACAUGACCAUGAUCAUCAUUGGCCUUCUUAAUGGCAAGACCAAGGAAGAAUGGUACAAUCAGAUUUCUGAGCGGGUAGCUAACGGCGACGGUCCAUGCGCGCCGCCUGAAUACGCUGAAUUCCGUGGGCCUGGUAUCCGCAAUCAAUUCGAAGAAACCCCCGAUAAUUAUGAUCUUGAAAACGACCGCUCCCGCGGCUUCAGUAAUGACGAGGAACUUUUUGACCAGAGGGCGGAAAAUCGAGAUGUCACAAAUCAUUUGCAACACGAGUCGCCCGAUUCGUCGGCUCGAGGAGAUCGUGAAGGUACCCCAGGACCCCAGUCGAAGAACGAGACUGCGAGUAAGGCUGAGGGGUCCUCGACUGCCGCCAACCUGUCCGAAUCACCCUCAAGCACAAACAAAAACUCUUCUGGCAGCGGGACUGAAGCCACGGAGAAAUCUGCCUCCUCGUAG